UCAGAGUUGUUAUGUAAUGAAAUGACACGCAUAACGCAUUUGGGCGGGGACACACAGCAGGAGCAGCAGAAGCAGGAAUCACGAUGGGGGGUCCAGAGGCUUCUCACUCCGACAACGCGCAUCACACUUUGCGCCUUCUAGCUACCGUGCUCGUUGGCGGGGCGGUGCUAGGGCUGUCCGUGCUCGGCCUCCGCCUUGCUCGCCCCGAGGGCGGGUGGUGGAGCAGCAGCAGCAGCAGCAAGAAGAAGAGGAGGCCGAUUAGGGUGUACAUGGACGGCUGCUUCGACAUGAUGCAUUACGGCCACUGUAACGCCCUCCGCCAGGCCCGCGCCCUCGGCGACCAAUUAAUCGUCGGCGUUGUUAGCGAUGCCGAAAUCACCGCCAAUAAAGGCCCUCCGGUCACUCCUCUUAACGAGAGGAUGAUUAUGGUUAAUGGCGUAAAGUGGGUAGACGAAGUUAUCCCUGAUGCCCCAUAUGCUAUUACAGAAGAUUUUAUGAAGAAACUUUUCAAUGAGUACGAUAUAGAUUAUAUUAUUCAUGGGGAUGAUCCUUGUCUUCUACCUGAUGGGACUGAUGCUUAUGCCCUUGCCAAGAAGGUUGGACGCUACAAACAGAUCAAGCGCACGGAAGGAGUCUCAAGCACUGACAUCGUUGGACGAAUGCUUCUUUGCAUGAGAGAGAGAUCCUCUGGUGGCACCCCUAGAAAUGCAUCCUUGCAGCGACAAUUUAGCCAUGGCCAUGGCCAAAAAUCUGAAGAUGGUGUUACUGGGAGUGGAACUCUAAUAUCUCAAUUUCUGCCUACAUCUCGUAGAAUUGUGCAAUUCUCUAAUGGGAAGGGACCUGGACCUGAUGCUCGCAUAAUUUAUAUUGAUGGUGCCUUUGAUCUCUUUCAUGCUGGACAUGUGGAGAUACUAAGGAUUGCACGUGGCCUUGGUGACUUUCUACUUGUUGGCAUUCAUACUGAUCAAACUGUCAGUGCCCACAGAGGUGCACACCGUCCAAUAAUGAAUCUUCAUGAGAGAAGCCUAAGUGUUUUAGCAUGUGGUUAUGUUGAUGAGGUGAUAAUAGGUGCUCCAAGGGAGGUGUCAAAAGAUAUGAUAACAACCUUUAAUAUCUCUUUAGUUGUCCAUGGAACAGUGGCCGAGGAUAAUGAUUUUCAAAAGGAAGAGGGAAACCCAUAUGCUGUUCCAAUAAGCAUGGACAUUUUUCGAGUACUUGAGAGUCCUUUGGACAUUACAACAAGCACUAUAAUACGGAGGAUUGUAUCAAAUCAUGAGGCUUACCAGAAACGGAAUGAAAAGAAGGCUGAAAGCGAGAGGAGGUAUUAUGAGGGAAAGACGUACAUCUCUGGUGAUUAGCUGAUUUAAAACAUCUCAGGUAACUCUGAGUUUUCGAGAGAACUGUUUGUUUAUUGCCACAUUUACGUUGUUUACUAGUAGACUUGAUGGGGUUUUGCAUCCACGAUUUCUGGGAGCAGAUUUAGAAAUACAACCUGUAGUGUCAGUGGUUGCUGUUGAAACAUUUCUGUAUUCUUGUUUAAUAUGGGGCCUGGAGUAUACCCUCCUCCCUCAUCCGAGGAUUUUUUUUCUCCUCUUUCACCAUGUAGUACUGAAAACAGGCAUUUGCUUUACACUUUAUAUCAAUACCUCAAAUUGAAUUUAAAUUAACUUCAGCUUGAAAA